GCCGCUGUAAGAAGGUGAAGAACAGAAAGGCGGAGUUUCAGUGUUUAUUUGAACUUUCUAACUGACAGGCUGUUCAACCGAGUUCAGUGCUACAAUGCAGCAUUUAAUGAGUUUAGCUCGCUGUCCGGCGGCAGGUCCUCCACUGCGCCCCCUGCUGUAUGCGGCUGGAGCUGCAGCCACGGCCGCAGGAGUUUAUUAUUAUUUUAAGAAGCGUGGCGAUGGCGAUGGGGAGAGAACAGCGGACACAACUCUCACCGAGGGCCCAGUACAGACCCAGCUCCCUGCAGUAGAUAAUUCUUUGCUGGAUCCAGGCUUGAUGUCUGAGGUGGAUGGAGUCAGUGUCACACAGACGGACAGCGCUGUCCCUCAGGGGUCUCUGAGCGAGGCUGAGGAGAAGAAGCAGAAGGUGGAGGUGUCCAGUGCUCCGGUGGACAGCGAGAGGUCCAACCUGGAGGACAGAGUGAGGGAGCUGGAGGAACUGCUCUGUGAGGAACACAGAGAGUGUGAGAGAAAAACCAAGGACUAUGAGGCGGAGUGUCAGGCUCACGGAGCCCUGAACUCUCAGUACAACGUGAUUAAGGAAACUUUAACACACAUUGAGGGGUUAGUAAAGGUGUCUCUGACUGAAGCUGAGGAGAAAUACAAGCGUGCGAUGGAGUCCGAAGCUGAGCUGGAGAAUGAGAAGUUGGACUUGAUGUCCCAGGUCAACACACUGCGUGGCUCAGUGAAGCAGUUGGAAGAACAGUUCUCUGAGACACGCAGGAGGAAUGAUGAGAUAACGAGGGAGCUUGGCAUAGGGCAGGGCAUUCUCACAUUUGAGAACUCCAAGGCUGAAGAGCAGGUGAAAGAUUUAAAGCAGAAAAUCAGUUCACUGAAGGUCUCUCUGGAUGAAGCUGAGGUGAGAUACGCGGAGUCAUUGGAGUCCAUUACUGAACUGGAGAAUGAGAACUAUGACCUGGUGGAUGACAUGAACACACUGCAAGAAGCAGUGGAUGAUUUGGAGGAACAGCUCUCUCAGACCCAGACAAGGUGUAAUGAGGCAACGACGGAGACGGAAAGAAAAACUCAGGAGUUGAGGGAUCUACGUUCCAAGAGGGAAUUGUUGAAAGAAACUGUACUAAAGGAUUAUGAGACAGAGCGUGUAGCUCACUUCGCCCUGAAGUUGCAGUACAAUGAGCUGAUGGAACGGCACAACCAGCUACUAAACGACACUUUGGCUGAAGCUGUGGCAAAAUGCGAGCAGGCGAUGGAGUCAAACGCUCAGCUGGAGAGUGAGAAGUCAGACUUGAAGUACCAUGUGCACAAAAUGGAAGGUGCAGUGCAGAAGCUGGAGAAACUUCUGGAUGAAGUAGAGAUAUCGUGUGAUGUGAUAAAGCAAGAUUGCGAGCGAGAACGGGAGGCGUACAACAUCCUGAAGUCACAGUACGAAGAGGCAUUAAACAGUGUGAUGAAUUACUAAUGAAAUCCGAGGAGCCUGUAGAUUUAUGAACCCCAGAUAACUGCCAGGGGUGGCCUAUGGGCCUUUGGGCCACUGGAGCAUUGACUCAGAUCUAGCAGGAACACUUGACCCAUCUGUUACUCUGUUGGCUAUGCAAUUCUGAAGCCUAGCUCUCCUUUCUAGGACCUCUAGCCCCUGACAUAUUAGCCAAGCAUCUCACCAUGGAGCUCCUGUUUUGGCUGCUUCAAAUUUUGCUUGUGGUGUCUGUGAGCUGCUAGAUGCUGAACUCUUACAAUAAGCUUCCAGAGCCAACUAUGACAUGUGUGGCUCUGCUGUUGCUUUCAA